ACCUCUCUUUCUCUAUCUCUCUCUCUCUGUGCGUCGUUUCUGGCAGCCAGGGAGAGUGGGGAGGGAGUGGAGAGACGCGCUGGCAACUCCUGCGUUUUCACCGACAUUCUUCAAUGAAUCAGCAACAGAGAAAGCUGCAGAUUGAAAGACCUUCAUCGUGGUGAAAAACCAUCAGAGACAGCUUUUUAACUCGCCAUAAAUGCAAAAUAAGAGACGUAAAGUGAGAAAGGUUUCAUGAGAUGACAUUUUGUCCCUGGCUUAUUCAAAAGAGCCAACAUCAGACCCUGAAGAGAAAAGGCAGUGAGGGAAGUAACUUUUGUAGCUCCAUAAAUGGCCUCAGUAUCCUGCAGGUGUCGUUGAGUGUGACAAAAAUCUAUUCAACAUGAGCAAUCCAACUAGUAUCCAAGGCCUGAGGGUCAGUGUUGACAGAGGAGAAAAGAUUGGAAAUAAAACCCAGAUCCAGUUCUCUCAGUCUGGAGAUGACAACGCCAAUCAGUUAUCCUCAAUCAGUGAUCAAGAAAGAAGAGGUUUGUAUGAGGACACGGGAUACGGCACAAGCUCUAUGCCUCCCUUGGUCUCUCAGAGCGACUCCCCAGAAAAGUUAGAGUUUUGGGGAUCAGAGCAGCAAUGCGUGGAGUCUGACUAUGAGCUUUUGGCACGUCAGGAGAUACAUACUUACCUGGGAAGCAGGAAGCAGGAGGAGAAUGAGGAGGAGGACGAUUGUGGAAGCAUGAAAGAUGGAAAAGAUGAAGGUGCCAUGUCAAUAUCAUCGAGUUCAACAGCCAGCUCUGCUUCUACCGGCGUGAGGAGAAAUGACAAUGACAGCAACAGAGUGGAGAGUAAAAUUCAGAGAGGCAAAGAGGUUCAGAAAAGGAUCGCCUGUCAUAGCACUGAGGAGCUAGACGCAUGCGUGACAGCAGAGAAACAGGACACCAGGUCAGGCAGAGAAAGAUGGAAGGGAGGUCUGAAGGAGUCUAAGUCUGAGACGAAUGUGUUUGUCUCCAGCCUGUCAGCUGUUUCCCUCAGUGGAAGCCUGUCUAGUGCUCUGGAUGGUGAUGGAGAAACUUCUCUCGCCUCUCUGUCGAAGACCAACCCUUAUCACAAUGCCCAAAACACUACCUCAGCCCAGAACAGAAGAAGGGCAGCCCCUGUAGAUGCCAAUCAGAACUCCCCACCGAUGCAUCCUCAGGAGACCCUUAACCCAGCAUUCUCAUACCAGGAUCAGAGAAAAGAUGAGAGAAGUCAUAGAAAUGGCUUGUCCUCUGAUGGAGGGCUGGGCCAAAGGAGAAAGGCUGGAUUUGAGGAGAGGGUGCUGCCACCACGGCGCCAACAGCUUGUGAGACCUCUCUGUCAGACGGAGAUGGGAAGAGCGAGGAGUGCAGACUCCAACACUCAGCAAACUGAGACAGGGCAACUGUCUCCUCUUAACCUCUCUGCAGAUCCACACAGUAAUGGGUCAAACAGAAAGUUUACAAAAACAUCUUUACGUGAACCAUCGGAUUUCUCCCACCUGUACAACACAUCUGGAAUCUCCCAGCUGAGGCAACCCAGCCAGACAUCCCAAAGGGAGACUGCACCAGCGGAAAAACAGCCAGCUACAAGUGCACGCCACAGUUCCAAUCCCUCAAACCCUUCCACCUUAGAGAAGAGACCCCAGACUCAGCUUACAUACAGAAGGAAUUGCUCUAGUCCCAACAGAACUGGGGUUGAAUCCAGGUCAUCAACCCCUCCACACUCACCUCUCAGGACACCCCAGGGCUCACCAUGCAGGCAACCCUCCAUGUACCUCGUUUCUAGGAAUGUCUCUGGAGUGGUUAGACACAUCCCUGCUGUAUCAACAUCAGCUCAGGGCUAUGGCAACAGUUGCUUGAGAGCACCAGUCAAAACUAAUAUAAGCACAAGUGGAAUCCCCAAAGCGCCUCUUAACAACCAGCAAAGCUCCCCCAGCUCUAACAACAACAACUCCCCCAAAGACAGCUCGCCAUCACCUAAACUGAAACCUAAAGGAGUUCGCCCCAAAAUCAUUACCUACGUCCGAAAGAAUCCUCAGUUUAAGCCUCAGGCUUCUGAUGGACCGUAUCAGGUAUCCUCUCUACCAUCCAGGCUGUCCGCAUGCACCCACAGCCAAACACCCACAUCUUUUAAAGACACACCUAAAGAGCCCCCAAGGCCUGAUCCGGAAACCCGAGGAGCCCCAGUUCUUUGUGCCUCCAAUCUGCUUUAUGAUAAGUACCGACAGGAGAUGCAGACAAACAUUUUUCCAUCAGGAAUACUGAAUAGGAGUAUAAGGGCUCCUGGACACACAAACACUGUUCCACCCGUACACGCCCAUAGCCACACAGCACCUCCAAAACUGGGCAGCAAGGCAGACAACUUCUAUGGGACACCAUCAGAGGUUGGAAGAUCCAUCAGCUUGAAAGGCUGCUCCGCUGAGGACGCUCUGCAGAGCAGGACGGCUGCUCAGGCAGGAGGGAGUGGCAGUCUUCUGCGGUCUGGCAGAGGUCUGCGUCUGGGACUGGGAGCUGUCACCAGAACGGCUACGAUCUCGGCCAAGGGCAGAGGACCUAGUCAAGGUCAGAGGUCAACACAAGUCUUCAGCCAGCCGGUCCAACCUGUCACCCCAGCAACUAAUCAGAAAGACCCGGAUAAUACAGAUGACCAGGCUGCCACCCCGCCUGCUACUAUGACAGCAGCAGCCCAGCCCCAGGCUGCAGCGGCCUCCAGGUCUCUGCUUCCCAAAGCAAGUCAGUCGGGUCUUCGCCCCCCAGGUUUCAGCUCCAGCCGCCUGCCCGCGGGCCGCCUGGCGGCAUUUGGCUUCGUCCGGAGCUCCAGCGUGUCCUCUGUCUCCUCGGCCCAUUCUGCUGACAGCACACAGAGUGACCCCUGCAGAACAGCUCACCGUGAGUCAGCUCAAAUCUGUUGA